AUGGCUCAAACAACCUAUAUCGCAUGGGCUGGGAUUCUAUAUGCGAUUUGCUUGUCAGUAUGUGCAAGACCAAAAGAAUGUCUGACAGGCCAUUACGGAGUGGACUGCGAGAAGCUGUGUGGACAGGGAUGUCGAGCUGGCUGCAACAGGACGACUGGGAUCUGUGCAGGCGGCUGUAACUGGGGGUGGCGCGGAGCUCACUGCGACCAAGGGUGUCAGCCGUUCCACUACGGCGCCAACUGUAUCCGGAGCUGUGGCCACUGCCGUGAUGACCGACUGUGCGACCCCUACACAGGACUCUGUACUCAUGGGUGUGUCCCUGGGUGGCAAGGAACACGCUGUGACCAAGUGUGUGAACCGUACACCUAUGGUGUUGGCUGCUACAAGAAGUGUGGACAGUGCCGACUGAAGCAGGCCUGUAACAUGGUGACCGGGGUGUGCAGUUCGGGCUGUGAGUCGGGCUGGCAAGGAAAACAGUGCAGUGAAAAGUGUCCGUAUGGACAGUAUGGUGUGGACUGCGUUCAGAGCUGUGGGUACUGCCGUGGAAACACCACGUGCGAUCACGUGACCGGCCACUGUCUCCAAGGGUGUCAGCCAGGCUGGACGGGAUCCAGGUGCAGAGAACGCUGUCAUUCCGGACGGUUUGGAUCUUCAUGCCGAGGCACGUGUGGUCGCUGUUUGAAAGGCACGUGCGAUCACGUGACAGGAACAUGUUUCCAUGGUUGUGCGCGUGGUUGGAAUGGUGUGCAAUGUAUAAAUGAAUGCGAUCCCGGGUUCCACGGCGCGAACUGCUCGGUGGCGUGUGGCCACUGUAAGAACAGCACGGUGUGUGAUUUCGUCAAUGGAAUCUGCUCCAAGGGCUGCGCCCCGGGCUGGAGAGGAGUCUUCUGUAAGGAAGAAUGUGGAGUUGGGUUUUACGGCCAUGACUGCAAGUUCCGAUGUGGUAAAUGUAAGACUGGUCCGGACUGUGACAAGGCGUCCGGGGUGUGUAAAGACGGGUGUGAGGACAAGUGGACCGGCUCACACUGCUCACAAGUUGUCCUGGCCCAGGAGUCGGCUGACAGCUCUCUGAAGCCCAUCAUGCCCGUGCUGAUCGUGUCUCUGCUCCUAGUUGCGCUCGUGCUCGUCUCCACGGUCCUCUACUUCAUCUUCAUCAGACCCAGGAAACUCGGCAUGGCCAGCAGGCUUUACCGACUUACACACCAGCCCGCUGUUAACGAAACUAACAACACUUAUGAAGAAAUCCAGGGCAGUCCGUACGAGAUCGCUCGACACAACCUCAUCCUGACAGAGGAGCAGCUGGGGAACGGCCAGUUCGGUCUCGUCAAGAAAGGAUUCAUCAAGAUGCACAGGGGAGUGAAGGUUCCGGUCGCGAUCAAGUCUCUUAAAGACAACGCUUCCGAGAAGGACAAACGCGAUUUCCUAAACGAACUGACCAUCUUGCGAAAGGUUGGCAAACACGCCAACGUCGUCUGCUUGGUUGGCGCGUGCCACAUCAGAGGCGUUAUGUAUGUUGCCAUGGAGUAUGCCAAACAUGGCGACAUGAGGACGUUUCUGCGCAGAAGCAGGAAGAUGAAGAACCACACGUACUCCAACUCGAAUCCUGGAACCACCCUCAGGCAGACGACACUUCUCAAGUUCGCGCUGGAUACUGCUUCCGGUUUGGCACAUCUUGCUGAUCACCAAAUAAUCCAUCGUGACGUGGCCGCCAGAAACGUUCUGCUGGCCGAUCACCUCGUGGCUAAGAUAGCGGACUUUGGACUUUCCAAAAACGAAGACACAUACGUGAAAACUUCCAGUACUCGCGUUCCUAUCCGCUGGAUGGCUGUUGAAUCUCUCUUCACCAACGUCUAUACGACUCAAAGUGAUGUGUGGUCGUUUGGAAUCACUCUGUGGGAAAUCUUCAGUCUGGGCGCUACACCUUACUCCAGCCUGGAGACGCAGCAGCUGUUCAACCUACUCAAGGAAGGAUAUCGUCUGAAGAUGCCCACUCUCUGUGACCAGAACCUAUAUGCUAUGAUGCUGCAAUGUUGGAAUGAGAAUCCAGAACGACGUCCAACGUUUGCAGAAUUAGCAGGAAGAUUACAGCGCAUGCUUGAAGAUUCCCAGGUCUACAUGAAUAUAUCCAUGGAUGACGAUUCACAUUAUGCAGAAAUAGACCAUGGCAACUGAACUGCAAUCUGGUCUACUUGCUGCUAGCCAUAACGCUCACAGAUGCAGAUUCUAUAACCCUAGCUACACCAUAAAGAAUUUCUAGGACAAAUAGUCGCUAAUCUCAUCUAGCACCCAGAAGCAACAAGUAUCCUAAGGACAGUAUAAGGUGAACCAAGGUAUCGUACAUAAGGAACUGCGACUCAUUCACUGGUGACAUAUAAAAGAUGGAUACAUCCUGUAUAAUGUAUACUGUGUACUAGUGUGUGCUUUGAGUGUAGGCCAAGCAGCCUCAUCCUAAUUAUCUUGAGUCUUGAAACAGGAUCAAACGUGUUCGGCAAUAGUGUCAAGAAAGCAAACAAGCUUACCAAGUGAAGCCUGGAAAAUAAUAGGAAGGGACAUGAUCCAUGGAAGACUGUAUUGCGAUGAGAUGAAUUUAAUUACAUGUAUCUAUAGAGUAGUAUUAUAAUUAUAUGUAUAUAAUAAAGAAUUGAUUUAGAAUAUACAUGAAAACGGACAUGUAUAGGAUUCUUGAAGAAAUUAAGAUUGUUCUAGGAGAUAUGUCAUUUGGCGUUUCAUUUGUGAAAUAUUGUUUAUUUCAAAGUGUUCUUUUGUGAUCUAUUACAUCAAAUACAUGUACGUUAAUAUCAUCGAUGUGACAGACAGUCUAAACUGUGUUUGUACUGACCACAUGGUGUACCAUAUUUGUUUUACCAUAGGGGUAUAGAUUUUGAAAAUAAAAUGAUUCCUGUCCAAAUAUUUAGUGGAUAAUUCUCCAAUAGUAAACAAAGCAAGAAUUAUACAUUAUAUCCCAUCAUAUCAAUCAGUCAAUCAAUCAACUAUUUUCUUCUUCUUCUGCAUUCAAGCUAUAGUUGAUCAUGCUUUAGAUUUGGAGUCCGGUUGUGGUGAUAAAAAACGCUGUCUCUGUCAAGUCUUCUUUGGAACCCCAAAGCUUGACAGCCAGUGUUGUUCCGUUCGGCCAGUGCUUUAUCCUGGCUUCAUCGUAGAUGAGGCAGAAUUGCAGAAUUUGCUCCAGAUGAGCACAUCAAUCAUUUGACUCAUGGUUACAUCCAUUGAAGGUUCAAGCACAACUGUAUUGGGCACAUUCUUCUAGAUUCCCCUGUGGAUGUGUCCACGACAGGUUCUCCCAUCAUAAAUGUUAUUUUCACAACAGAUCCAAGAGAGAAUAUAUUCUGGAGCAUACAGCCUGUUUGCAGUUAAUUUAAAAACCAGGAAUUCUGCAAAAUAAAAAUCAUGUCUCACCUACAGUACUACAAAUUAAUUUAGUUCUUUAACAAAUAAAGCAAGCAAAACCAACCCAUAUUUUAAACUUCCAUUGAGGUGAACAAACAUAAGCACAACUAUAAACUACGUUUUACUGGUCUAGGACUUUAAAGAGUUUAUGAGACAUGGAGUUAAACUCAAAUGUUGAUGCCAUCCCCAUUGGAAAAGGAAUGCCUAUAUAUGUCACCUGUUUGAGUUCAUCCAGGUGAGACUAAAAGGAAUGCCUAUAUAUAUAUAUAUCACCUGUUUGACUUCAUCCAGGUGAGACUAAAAGGAAUGCCUAUAUAUCACCUGUUUGACUUCAUCCAGGUAAGACUAAAAGGAAUGCCUAUAUAUCACCUGUUUGACUUUAUCCAGGUGAGACUAAAAAGAAUGCCUAUAUAUCACCUGUUUGACUUCAUCCAGGUGAGACUAAAAGGAAUGCCUAUAUAUCACCUGUUUGAGUUCAUCCAGGUGAGACUAACAAAAAGGUUAGGUAGGCUAGGUAGGCUAAUACAUGUGUGAAUAAUCCAUAUCUGAUAGGAGUUGGUGUGGAUAAUCCACAUCUGAUAGGAGUUGGUGUGGAUAAUCCAUAUCUGAUAGGAGUUGGUGUGGAUAAUCCACAACUGAUAGGAGUUGGUGUGGAUAAUCCAUAUCUGAUAGGAGUUGGUGUGUAUAAUCCAUAUCUGAUAGGAGUUGGUGUGAAUAAUCCAUAUCUAAAAGGAGUUGGUGUGAAUAAUCAUAUCUAAAAGGAGUUGGUGUGGAUAAUCCACAUCUGACAGGAGUUGGUGUGGAUAAUCCACAUCUGACAGGAGUUGGUGUGGAUAAUCCACAUCUGAUAGGAGUUGGUGUGGAUAAUC